GCGCGUGUUAGUUGUAUUUCUGAUCUACUAUUGAAAUAACAAACUACUUAUUUAGUUAUAAUCUAGGAUUUUAGGGCAGUUAACGACAGAAACUCGACGGUACCAAGUACUCUAAGUUCGGAACAAUAUUUACACAGGAAUAAUUUCAAAGAAAUCUGUGUGGUUUCAUUUCCUUAGACCUCGUGACAUUUAAGUUUUGUUAUUAAUUUCGGUUCUAACAAAAGAGGCGCUUUCGUAAUUUGAAAAGUUCGCCGUGGCGCGUUGGUGUGCUUGCGUGUGUGGGUGUCAAUGUGCGAGUGUGUGUCACAAUGUCGGUGCAAAGGGGUGGAGUCGGGACCUUUCGGUACUGUUUCUAUUAUUGUGCUACCACAGACUUUGAGAUAUAUGACCUGGAAACUGAGGACUCUGCAAAGAAUACUGGUAAUGGCGUGAACGUUGAAGGCUCGACCCACAGACAGGUGGUGGACCUCAUCAAGUCUGGUGGCGAUUGUCUCACACUUACUGUCAUCUCUGUUACACAAAGAGAAGCCGAACGACUAGAGCCAUGCGACGACGGAUCAGCGCCCGUAGGCGUCAUAGGUGGCGCUGCGAACUCCCGCGCGACCGUCUACCAACGUUACGAUUACACGGACAAACGAUCCCUACCCGUCUCGAUCCCAGACUACAGGCUUGUCAUGGAGAGGAACACGGGCCGGUCCUAUGUAGCCUUUAACGUCCAUAUGGCUGGACGACAUCUGUGCAGCAGAAGGUACAGGGAAUUUGCCGCGUUGCAUCAUACGCUUAGAAAGGAAUUCUUAGGUUUCAAUUUUCCAAAGCUGCCCGGCAAAUGGCCAUUCACAUUGAGCGAACAACAGUUGGACGCUAGAAGGAGAGGUCUUGAACAGUAUUUAGAAAAGGUAUGCGCAGUCCGAGUGAUAGCAGAAUCAGACGCUGUCCAGGAAUUCCUCACAGACUCGGACGAUUCCUCAAACCCAACACCAGUAGACCUGAAAGUCCUUCUCCCUGACAAAGAAGUGGUCACCGUCAGCGUCCUCAAGUCUACCAACGCUGACGAUGUAUACAGAGCGGUUUGCGAGAAGAUCGGCCUGUCCAAAUCGGUGCAAAAGUAUUUUUAUCUGUUCGAAAUUGUCGAAUAUAAUUUCGAGCGUAAACUACAACCGAAUGAGUGUCCGCAUUCCCUAUACAUUCAGAACUAUUCGACGGCGUCCAGCAGUUGUCUGUCGAUACGCAAGUGGUUGUUCAACCCUCGCACCGAGAUAUCUGUUGUGGCUGAAGAUGCUACUGCUGCCGCUUUCAUAUUCUGGCAGGCCGUAGAAGACGUGAACCGCUGCGUAUGUGUAGCAGGAGCGCGGUUAUACCAACUUAAGGCGCUACAAGACGUGCGACGAGCGCCCGAUUAUCUAGCACUCGCUCGAGCACUGCCUGGUUACGGCCACGUGGCGUUCCCGCCCGCAAGGACCGAUUGCCGUGCCACCCCCGCUCUCGCCAUCACUGUCGGUUGGUCAGGGCUGAAGCUGUCGAGCUGGUGUGAAGGCGACGCGAGUGGCGCCGGCGCUAGCGUGGAAGUGAGCUGGCGCUCGGUGGUGUCGUGGAGCGCGGACGACGACGCGGCCGCCGCCAGGCUCACGUACUCGCGCCACGACACCCACACGCGCACACUCGCGCUCUACACGCCAUACUACCAAUUCCUGUGCAACUGCAUGGACAGAAUAGCUGAAGAGGCGAACUGGGUGGACACCGGCGAAUAAGUAACGUCACAUCCUCUCCCACCACUUAGGAAGUAAGCCACGGAAACGGUAUUAUGCCACCUCAACGCUGAACUAUUUAGUAGGAAAAUAAUUUCAUCACUGGCAACACGGCCUCAGGUGUUGCCACUAAAUAAGAUUCCUACCAAAAUGUCAGCGCGGGAGUAUUAGUUCGUUAUUCUUAUUCUAUAAUAUAAUGUUAAAUAUUAAUUAUUUAUCGUAAAUCUUUUACCUAACUCCUAAUUAUAAAGUUAUCCUCAUCAAAUCUCUAUUUCUCUAUAAGAUGUCACUAAUAGUUAAGAAUAUUUCAAGGUCUACAUAAACUUAAUCUGUUAUUUAAAAUUGAUUGGUCAACUAUCACUAUUUAGUGUCAUCUUGUAUUAGAAACUAUAUAUAAUGAAUAAUAUAAUAGACCUAGGUAGCUACAUCUAUUCCCGAAUUGGACGCAAUAUUGAAACUUUAAGUGUAGAAUUAUACUAGUAUCCUGUAAGCUAUGCUUACGGUUCAUUUGUAGUGUAAUAAUUAUUACUACAUUUACAUACUUUUUGUAGAGUUUUGUGAGAUACAAUGAACUUUGAUUGAAUAUUGGAUCCCUAGGAUCACGUAAUCCUAUUUGCUUGUCAUUUUUGCUAAAAAUAUAGGUCGGAUUUAAAGUACACACAAUUUGUUGCCAUUGAACCAAACAAGUAUUCUACUUUAGAAGACUGUAAUUUUUGUUUUUGAGCUGUAAGAGCACUUUUACAUGCGGUUCUCGGUUUUUCUAACAUUUUGUAUGUCAAAAAAUCAAUUGCGCUGUUUUGACUUUGAACCUUUUUCUGACGGGGGAAAUUAUAACUAAUGUUUCGAUAGUUUCAUUGUAUCUCACAAAACUCACUAGUUCCCACUGUUUUCUACACUUAAAAGUCUCUCUUUGUCUAAGUUAGGUUUUUUGUACUUACAUAAUUUUUAUUACGGUUUUAUUUCUACUUUAGAUCUGCUUCACUUAUUUUACAUAAUGUAAACUAUUUAAUUACUUAGUUUUUGUUAUAAUUUGGAAAUGAGUCGUAAACGUUAUUCCCAAACAUUAGAAUAAAUAUUUUAGUAACAAAUCCGUUAGUUCUUUAUCGAAUAAACUUAUGAAUCGAUUUCAAAGAAUCAAUCAAUUAAUUAAAAAUAAAUCAUAAUUUAGAAA